GAGUGAAGCAGCGAACGGGGAACUUCUGUCGGGUGUCACUCACUUCAACCUGUUGAGAUCUAUUUCUGAUAAUGCCACCGGCCGUAUGUGAAGACUUGCGUCGCAGGAGAAUAAUUACUGAGCAGAAAUACAAUGUAGAUCUUGACCUGCUAAGCGUUAGCGUAGCUUAGCUUCGCCUCAUGUAGAGUUUUAUAAGAAGGGAAUCGUUUUCUUUUCCUAAAAUGUGAUUUUAGUGUAUAUUUAAGAACUACUGUGUGUCAUCACCAGUCGGUGACAGGAAACAAAAGAGUGUGUUCGUUCCGGUCGCUGACAGUGUUUAUCUCGACAACACAGUCAGCUUAUCACAGUCAGACGAGGCUAGCUGCUCCGGCUAAUGGUGGUCUGUUGUUUACGUCCAGCGACUGUUCGCUCUCAGCUGAUCAGCGGGUUUCUGUUGCUCGAUCGGCGUAGUUUCCUCCCGGAGACGCUUCAGUCAGCUGAGGACUCGAGCUGAUGCGAGCGAACACUGAAAAAUGGAGGCCGUGAGACAAAAGAAGAGUAAAACAAAAGCCAGCGGAAAAUCUCAGCUGGCCAAGAAGCACAAGCAGGUAGAGGAAGACAAGAAAGCUUCCGCUCCCACUGCUGUCUGCGAUGAGGCCUCCAGCUCUGACUUCACAGAUAUUCCCCUCAGUCUGCCUUAUCACGAGCCAGAGGAGCAGCAGCAGAGUCCAGCUGAAACGCCUCAGACCACCACACAAGCAUCAGACCCACCCUCGCAGGAUGAACAAGCUGCAUCAAAGACUUUGUCCACGUCAGUCGUGUCUGAGGCUCUGCAGUCAAAUCUGAAUGUGUCAGCAGAGUCAAAAAAAGAGGAGAAGGAUGACUUUAGAGUGGAAGCUCAGAUGUCUCAGCUAAAAGUUGUGCCACCAGCCACUGAGCUAGGAAAAGAUGCACAGGCAUGGGUGCACCCUUGUGUUUCAGCUCAGUUUGAGAUCUUGAAUGUUCCAAGUGCCCCUGCACUGUACCCGUCUGUCCCCACAUUGGAAGAGGGUCCAGUGAUACAGCUCUGUGAGGAAGCGGCGAAAAGCUGUGUUAAAGAACCUGCAGUGUUGGCGCUGCCUGAGCAAGAAUCUUCUCCUCCGAGUCUGCAGCCUUUGGAGUCUGUGGCUGAAAUUUCAAGGAGUAAACUCUAUCCGGAGUUACCGAAAAUGGCUCCAGAGAUUCAGUCCUUCUCCCUGGAGCAGCUGAGUGUUUGGGAGCCAGCUGGAGGGUUGCGCAGUUUCCUUGAAGGAGUUGAGGUCUGUGCGACUCAGUUCUGUGCUCUGGCCCGCCAAGAGAACCACGAACUGACUGAACUGCUGCAGAACUACUGGCGCUGCCGCCGACAGCUCACACAGUCACACACGCAGCUGCACACGCAGACGUCUGACUGCAAGAGCACGCAAAACCGACUCUGGAGCUUCAGAGAUGAACAGCUCACACUACAGGGUUUGUGUGCAGACCAGUCCAAGGUGUGUGGAUACCAUCGCUUCCAGCAGGCGGAGUUUAACCAGAGUGUGCUGGCUGAGCUGAGGAGGAUGCUUGAAGCUUGCAGUGAGCUGCUGCAUCAGAAGGUGGUCCUACAUGCGUACACUGCUCUGCUGUCACGCCUGCAGGUGGAAUCAUACUUGUAUCGCUUAUUGAAAGAUUGUUCUGGCAGCCAAACGGAGCACCUUUCCCUCCAGCCGUUGAAAGAGGCCAUCAGCGUCCUGUUCAGCUUCACGCGCAGAGUCCUGGAUGACGCACAGUUCCAGACAGACAUCCAUCAUUGGCUGGAGAGUUUGGUUGCUGUCCUGUUGCACGUUGGGGGCUCGGGGGAGCAUCUUUACCUGCUGUGUCACCUGCUGUGCUGUCCUGCUGGGGUGGGAAAGUGGGCCGCCUCUUUUCUUCAGAUUCAAGUUUGGGGAAACGCCUGUGGAGUGCAGCAUUUCAUGCAAGCUCUAGCUGUCCUAAUGUCGCCUGCCAGACAUCGAGCAGAGUUUUUAGGCCAUAUGAAGCCUUGUGAGACCCAGAGCUCAACGGGUUCUGGACCUGACUCUGGAAACUGGACCCUGGUGGAUGAAGGUGGAGAGGAGGACGAGGACCCAGACAGCAGCUGGUUGCUGCUCUGCGAGGAGGACCUGAUCUUGCUGCUCUCCCAGUUCUCGUUCCAGCAGCUCUACUCACACAUGCUGGGGAUGAGCAAGCAGGGUGUGUAUGAGCCCCAGGCCUGCUCCAGUCAGAAGAUGAUGCGUGUUUUCGCUUUCGCCUCCUCGCUCAUUGAGAUCCUGGCUCUUGGCCUCCAAACGUAUAACCGAGCUCGAUACAGGCAGCUGGUCAAACGAAUCGGACACAUCAUACGGAUGACAGUGUGUUACGUCAGUGAUCACUGGGCUCAGUAUGUCAGUGUGACUGACGAUGGCGGCUCCAGCUCUCACGUCCACUCUCUGUCUUUGGACAAGCUGCAGCUGGAGUACGACCAUCUUUUCCUCCGAGCUGUUUUACACGUGCUCAGAAACAAAAGGUUGGGCAUUUGGUUGUUCAUGUCUGAGAUGCCAUAUGGGACGCUGUCCAGCUUUAUGCUGUGGAAAGUCCUGUAUGUGAUGCAGUGUGCAGAGACGGCAGGAGUCGACACACUCAGCUCGACUCGUGACACACACUCCUGCAUUCAGGCGCUCAGAGAUCCGAAGCACCACGAGAGGUUUGAACAGUGGCUGUGUGAGGUGAACAGUUCUGACGGCAUCUCCCUCCUCACUGCCCUGGCUCACAUGGCCACUCCUACUCAGCACUCUGACCCCACCUUCAUCACCACCAUAACCAUGCUGAUUUACCAGGUGUCUUAUGUGAGCGUGUCAACAAGAGAGAUUUACUCCAAGGUGGGGAGGGAGUUGCUGGCCGCCAUCGCGGCGGCCCACCCAUAUGUAAUCUCUGUUAUCCUUGAGCGACUGAGAGAGACCAUCCAGACAGUGGGAAUGGUGGCGCUCUACUUGUGUAAGGAGCUGCCUUUGAGUUUGUGGCAGCCACGGCCGGAGGAAAUAUGUGUGAUUGGCUCCUGGUUGCUUCAGCAUCCUCUGUCUGCUGUGGAGAACCGUCUGGCCUGUGUUAUCCUGGAGGGCCUGAACUGGGGUUACACACAGGAGGGAUCUCUGGCCUUGCCUUCGUUCCUCCACAGCGAGGUGGCUCUGCUGGUGGCCGAAGCUUAUCAGAAGUACCUUACAGACAAACCGUACAGUGGCCUCAUAUCAGAGGGGAUCAAACAGGUGUCUUACCUUGCCAGUGUCCUCCGCCUGGGCGUUUCUCCUGAAGCCUCCUUCAGUCAGUGGGCGUGGCAGCUCCUACUGAGACUGAAGCUCCACGGCAACGCCCAGAAUCCCAAAGGAGCCUGGCUCGUCCCUGCUUCGGCGUCCAACCCACCGCCAGAGCUUACACACUCACCCAGCAUGCACUCUGUUCUCAGGGCUGUAAAAGCCGGCAUCCCUAUUGGAUGUUACCUGUCCAUUGCGAUGACGACUGUAGGACACAGUCUGGAGCAUUUCUGCACUGACGGAGUUGGGUUGCUCAAAAGUCUCAUUCAGUCUCGAUACCUGAGAGCCGCCGUGCAUCUGCUGGACAACAUCCUGCCGCCAACCUACCCCCUCAGCUUCUACCUGCUCAACAACUCUCAGUUUGUCAGUUGUAUCCAGUUGUUUCUGCAGUACGACAGUGUGUGUCCUCAGGGUGUGACGCAGCAGGUCACACACCGAGUAGCGCCGCUCCUCACAGGAACCACCUAUGGAGAAAACGUCCGGCUGCUGAACAGUGUCAUUCAGAGUCACGUGGUGGAAAGCUCACAGCCUGGCCGUGUGGGGACGGCCGCGGUGCUGGAGUUUUGGGUGGGAAUUCUGACUCAGCAGAAUUUGUGGUACCGAGACAAAACGGUCUUAUUCCUCAUGGAUCAGAUCUGCUGCGCCGCCUUCAAACACCACCAGGAGGAAUGUGUGCAGAAACUCCUCUACCAGCAGCAUAAGAAUGCCUUGGGUUACCAUGGAGACCGUGGCCUGCUCUCCUCUCUGGUUGGCUGGAUUGCUGGGAACGUCACACCCUCUUUUAUCGAAGGCCAAUCCCUGAGUGAAGAGGUUUGGUUUGCUUGGCUGGUGCUGAGCAUGGAGGGCGUGUUUGAGGAGGACUCUCAGCUGAGGCGCUGUGUGGAGCAUGAGCUCCUGUCAGAGCCCAGCAUGUCCCCGGACCAGGCCUUGAAGAAGGCGCAGCAGAGGCUGAAGUUGCCAGUAGCCCCGUCACUGCAGCGGCUGCAGGUGUACCGCUGGGCGUGCCAGGCCGUCGCCACACCCCCCGACCACCUUCUGCUUCCCCUCAUAUGGCAAAAGUUCCUCCAGCUGUACCUCAGACAGCCGGGACCAGAGUAUGGGCUGGCUGCGGCGGGAUGCAUCGGCCGACGAUUCUUUCAGACCUCGUCUCAGGCUGCUUUGCUCAGAGAUCUCAAGCUGAGGAUUCAAGAAGUGUCUGACUUCCACUACGCCGCCAGCCAGGCCCUGAGGGUGCCCCCUCCGCAGACACCAUCGUCAGACAGCCAGGGUGACGAGAGCCCCAGUAACACCCAGACGUCCUACCUCACCUCUCCGCAGCUUCACACAGAGCUGGUCAGGUUGUUUGGAGUGUUUGCUAUUUGGUUGGACGAUGAGACUCUGCAGAAGCAGGAGGUGUACCUCCCCUCUCUUCCUCCAGAGUACGAGCCACACAGACUGGCGCAGGUCAUGCAGCGGCAGCAGGAACUGUGGCUGGAGUAUGUUGACCAGGAGCGCUUGCAGUACGAUGAGAAGGAGGUUUUGUCUCUUUGGGAGAAGGUGCAGAGUGAGCCGGUUUUCCUCCAGACCCAGCACCCUGGCUUCACCGACUACACCAGCCUCAGCAACGCGAAGGAGCGUAUCCUGUCCAACCUGCAGAAGCAUCCAGUUCCCCGCUCGGCUCCCGAACUGCAGCAGCUGAAGGCUCCAGUGGCCGAGGUCCCCGCUUCCUGCCUCUCUGACAGCAAAGCUGCUGCUGAGCUGCUGCAGCAAGACCUCAGCAUUCUGCAAGAACAAGCCAGGAUUGCUGUGGCGCGUGAAGCUCAGCAGGUAGCCUUGGAACAGGAGCUGCUCGAAAGUCUUCCUUUACUGUUCAAGAACCAACCAGAGCAGAUCAGCAUGCCUCUGGUGUGCAAAGGAAAAGGAGGGCAGCCGUGUCAGGGAGCGGCAAACAUCACCUUCACAUGCGAGAGUGUCCAGAAACAGGAGGCGGUGCAGACUCAGAUAGCUUCACUGCGCAGAGACAUCAAGAAGCUUCAGACGGACGCGAUGGCUCCUCCUCCUCAGAGUCUGGCCCAGGCUGCCGUCCACACUGAGAACUUCAUCACGGCUCUGGUCAACAUGCACAAGGCAGAAAAAUCUCUGGCCGUACAGCAAGUUGGCGUGUCGGCCUUUUACCAGGUGGUCUCCUUUGUGUGUGAGGACACGCUGCGACACCCCCCGACCCGGCAGUACCUCUCAUCGUGUGUGGAGAUACUGGGACAGGUGUUCAUCCAGGGCAAUGCAGAGGAGUGUGGCCGUGUCCUGGAGGCCAUUCUGGAGCAGCGGCAUCUCUGUCCUCUCAUUUCUCCCUUCUUCACCCCCAACGCGGCUCCCAAUCAGCUCGUCUUCCUUUACCAGGACGUAGUGACCUCGCUGCACCUCGACAGUGCUGACGUUGUCUUCAUGCUGCUCACUAAGUUUGAUUUGCCCCAGUGGCUGAAUGAAGCCCACCCUGUGUUUUCGGAGAGGACCCGCUUGCUGGAGCUGGUGCACGGAGCGCUGUGCGUCUGUGGCCGAGACCCCGAGCCCGAGCUUCUCACGCCUUUCCACCUCUUCACCAAACACUGGACCUGGCUCCUACGCCACCACUUCCCUGACCACUACAGCGACUGUGUGCGUCUGCUCAUGAAUAGCUCCUCCGACCAGUUGCUGAGUCCAGAGUGCUGGAAAGUGACUCUGCGAGUUCUGGGAUGCUUACCUCCAUCCCGCAGCUCCAAGAACAAAAGUGAACAAUCCCCAAGCGGCGCUGAGGUCCCGAGCCGUGCUGUCGGACCCCAGACCUCGACCUACAGACCCUCCAUCAGCCUCUCCCCCCAGCAGGUGGACGAGACCGUGGAUUGGCUGAGCGAUUUCUUCAUGAAGAGCCGUCUCAGCAAAGCCGACCUCCGCAGCUUCGGCCUCUACUCCACCUGGACUCCUUACGUCAGCGAUGUAGUUUCUUUCUGGGACCAUUUGAUCAGCUGUUCAAUCAGCGUGCAGCUCAACAACUGUGCCAGAGAGUCUGUAGGCAGCAGCAAAAUCAUGAAAGCUCUGCAGGAUCUGCACAGCAAGAUUGUGAAGUUAUUUCAGCCAUGGAUCUUUCCUCUGGACACAGGUGAAGGCGGUAGCGUGAAGUGUUACCCUUGGCUGGAGACGGACGCAGCUGCAGCAGGAUGUCUGGUCGGCCUUUACACUCAGUUGAUUGACACGCUUCAUCACAAAUUCAGAGACCGUCUGCUCCCUGGUCAGAGGGGCGCUCUGUGGCUGUGUAUGGCGCAGUACUGCGAGAGCUGCACCUCUCCCCGAACGCCCGAGUACCUGCUGUACCUGUACCACACACACCUCCGCAGCCUGCCCUGGAGAUACCUGCACCCCGACACUCAGCUCAUGGAGCAGCUUUUCAGCGUUGAAAGAGGAAGUCCCAAGAACUGCUUUCUGUUCAUGGGAGAGGUGCUUUGUGAGGUGAACUGGGUCAGCGUCCUCAGUGACCACUUCAAAACGCCGUCCGGCGCUAAAGCCUAUCCGACGCUGCCAGACACGCAGAAGGAGUCACAUUCCAUGCUGGUCUACUUGCUGUACAUGCUGGUCUGUCUGGCGAAGGAGGAACAGCUCCUCACGCAACAAGAAUCACCUCUGCUCAGUCUGCUGGUUCAGUCCACCUCUUUGCCCUGGCACCAGCUGGACCUGUCCUCAUACCAGAGCAUUCUGGGAUAUGUCAGCACUCACUACCCCCCCUCUCUCCUGCUUAAUUCGGAGUCUGCGCCUCAGCUGCUGCUGAAGUGUCUCCGCAGCGCCGCCGGGCUUCACCCCCACCCCAGCGAAGCCCCACACCAGGAGGAGACCUUGAAGGCCGCAGCGUACGUCUGCUGGAGCGUGCAGUCUCUGGUGACUCUGGAGCAAGGAGGCGGGAUCACGCUCAGCGGGUUGGAGGCCCAGCUGGAGACGCUUCUGGAGAGCAUCAUCACGUUCAAUCCAGCUGAGGUGGGCUUGGAGCAGAGGCACAUGGCUUUCUGCAGCCUGUUCAGCGACGCCUUGGCGUUGCUGAACGGCGUGGGCGUCUCCACGGGCGAGGCCCUUGCUGCUCAUGUCAUCACCUGGCUCGACAGGAAGGGGCGGGGCUUCCCCAUACUGCCCCUCCUCACAGCCUGCUCCCGAUGUCUUGCGUCUGUGCGGCACAUGACGCGCAUCAUGGAGGCCUGCAUCACGGCGUAUUUUAACCACGCGGAGGAGGAGGCUGUGGGUUGGGGUCCUGUGCUGGCAUCGCUACAAGUGCCUGAGCUCACAGUGGAAGACUUUCUGUCUGAGAGCCAGUCGGCCGGCAGCUUCCUGACACUCUACGCCUUCAUCCUGCAGCGCCUCAACACUGAAUACACUGCAGCCAACGAGAGGAGAACUCUGGCUCUCAUCAACACGUGGACCACGCAGGUUUUUCCCAGCGGUCCAGGGGAUGAAGCCAAGCUGUUCCUUUGGUGGCACAAAGCGCUUAAUCUGUCAGCGGAGCAGCUGCAGCCGCAAGCAGGUCAGACCGAAGUCUCAGGGGUCAUCCUGGGUCUGAUAAGGUUACACACCAGGCUGCUGCAGCUCGGCGAAGAAAGACUGAACUCUGGGCUGCUGGGAGCGAUAGGCCUCGGGAAAAGAUCUCCUGUUUCAAAUAGGUUUAGAGUAGUGGUACGAAGUCUCGCAGCCUUCCUGUGCAUCCAGGUGUCGUCAGAAACCGAGCUUCGUCUCCAACCCACCAGUGACUUGCAGCUCUCUGCAAAAGCACAGCAAACUUUGGGGAUGUUGGAGGCCAUGCCCAGCAACAAGCAGUACGCUGAGUUAGAAGAUGCUGUGAACAAGGCGGUCCAGUUCAUCCGAUACCCGGGACACUGUCUCAGAGAUGGACCCCGACUGCUGGCGCUGCUCGCCAACCUCCUGUACCCCGAACUCAGAUACCUGCACAUCAUCCGUUAACUUGACUCUCGCUGGAGACUCCAGGACUUUACAUCUCCAUGUCAAAUGUAGGAACAGUAAACAGUUGCUCUACCGCAGCACGGAGCUUUGAAGUGAUGAGACUACGACUGAUUCAAUUUUGUCCUUCAAUCAGCGGAAGUUAAAGGCAUGAUCAGUGGAGGCUUUGUGUGGCAGAAACUGUCUGCUCAUCACGGCCGACUGAGAAAAAAUCCUUUUGACUGGUUCAAACAUCAAAAGAUCACAACCAGUCCCGAGCAAUCCCAUGUUCUUAUCUGUGACAUCUGUUAGCACUUUACCUUUUAGCAUCUAUGUUUAUGCCUUGUUGCUUUUUGCAUUUGAUGCCUGUGGAUUUUAAACAUCUCGUCAUUUACGUUUGAUUUGAGAGGCCGUUGCACAUAUUUAUUGAAGUAGAAAUUGUGAGUCAGGAUUCAGCGCUGGAUGCUAAGUGUGAGUUUCACGACUAUAUAUGGAUUGUUUGGAUCAAGUUGAAGGACAGAUCUAUGUAAGUAGUUAGUAGCUGAAGACAUACCAGGAAAGCUGGUAAUAAGGAUUCACUGCUUGAUGUUACUCUUUGCUCAUGAUGCAAUAAGAGCUACAAUUACUCUACAAUGUCUCAAUCUCUGGUACUGUACAAAUUCAGAUGAAUCCGGUGGAUCGUGUUCAAGAAGAGAACAUUAGCCAGUAUUGUUUAUGUCCAGCCAAAAGUGCUUUCCUUGUUUCUGCCAAAGAAAUGUUAUUUUCAUCUGCUCAGCUCUGCUUAAACCCGCUCCUCCGUAUACCCAGGUUGUUUCUCUGGUCUCUCUGAAAAAGCACACCCAGUCUGGAACAUACACUACGUUCCACUUACAAAGUGCCACGAUACUUGGCUUCCUUAUAAAGUCGUAUGAGCGCUCCCCUUCAGAUCGCCGAAGCUGAAGAAGUGUGUGUAUGUGUGUGUAUGUUCAAGACUCUCAUUUAACAAUGGAAGCAUGUUUUCAAUUAGACUCUUUGUAAACUGAAGACAGCUUUCAUAUUUAAUCAAGCUUGUCAAUUUGUCACUUCUGCUGCCCUGUGCCAUGUUGGUAAUAAUCCAGCUGCACUUUAGCAGCCUGAAGCUCGCCUUGCUGCCGGUGUUAAGUGGCGACUGGUAAUGUCAGAAGCAUUUCUGGUUUUUUAAUGACUCACUGAUCAGGAAUGGGUCUGCGGGGCUGCUGCAGGAGGGGGGAUCGCGGCGAUGGGCUUCACAAAAGGAGAAAACGUUGCACAAUAAAUGGAACAAUGUUUCACAGCUGGUGUUUAUCAGUGCGAUGCAGUGAUCUGGGGUCUACAAUACGUACAACAUGCAGCCUCGGAGACAACAAAGACUGGUCUAAAUCUGAAGGCCGGGGGUCACGUGAGGACACGUCCAAAACAAGACUCUAAACUGAGCUGAGAGGAGCGAGCGAGUAAGUCAAAGAGGUUCAGACAGCAAAUAGCAGCAUAAUACACUGUGGAGUCUCUACCAUCU